AUGGCCCAAGCUUCAUUCUUUUACGAGGUUGCCUUUGCCUUCCAGCACUUCGACGACACAGCCCGGGCCUUCGGCGUCAACAAGUACUCAUACCAUACGCUCGCAAUUCUCCUUGACCUCACUCUUUUCGAGCGCGACUUGCAACUUUACUAUGAAGGCCUCGUGCUGGCCAACCGCUACGGUGACGCAUUCGAUCGAAAUCUGGAGAUGAAUCGGAUUGAGCGUGAAGAACGACCGGCGCCGAACCUCGCGGCCGGCGACGCAACUGGAAAUUUGACACAUCAGACGAGAUUACUGAGCCUCUUCCAACGCGACAACAGCAAUUCAGAGGCUGUGGGUAUGCAACUGCCAGGCGGAGACAUGCACUCUAUAAAACCUUCAGGUUCGCUCGCCGGUGCGAUGACUCUUGCCAGGCUGUCACAACAGACCCCGACGGCCGACCAGAGGAAGAAUCCUGCUACAGCUUUUACCACGGCCUCAAGUCAUGAGUGCGGGAGAGUCCCGCAAUUGGAAUCGAUUGCUGAAUAUCCUUGCGUCGUUACCUCAGAACCAAAUCAGAGGUCCAAGAAGAAAGCUUACCAACGCAAGCAGAAAGAGGCAGAAGCACCCAUGACACCUAUCGCAAUGCCUGUUCCCAGGUCAGGGAAGCUCGGAAAUGUUGUGGCAGCAUGGGAACAGUCGUCGGACGCAACAGCUGCCGAAUCCAUAGCUGAUAUUCAGGCACACCCAAAGGUUUUCCAAGAUGAUGGUUCGCACUGGAACGAGCUCUCACAUGGACUCUCGGAUCCCCAUGCAGACCAGGCCGACACGCCAUCUAAGCUUCUCUCUCCUCCUGAAAAAGCGCCCUACAUAACUACCCGAUCUCUGACAGCCGACGUUAUGAUGCACCCGAUGAUUGCCCGAGGAGACGAAUCACACUGGGCAAAGCUCAUUCAUCGACUCCUGGAUCCCAAUGAAGUCCAGCAGGAGGUACUAUCAGAACUUUACUUUUUUCCUGGCACAGUGCCAACCUCCGACUACGAGGUCGCUGCACGGGAACAAGCGACGGACGCGUUGCUCGAACAGGUUAAUGCUCUUCGUAAGCUGGUCGAUGAGUCGCCCUACGUCAACUUCAAGAAGCCCGAUGAAAUGUCUUUGUUCGGCCAAGGAAUGACUGGCAUAGCUAUUUUCCGCCAAAUAAUGCUUGCGAAAGCGUCAAAAUCAAGACAAUGGGAGGAGUAUACCCGGAAAAAGUUCGCAGCGCGCAUACAAAACGGUGAGCCUUCACGCCCUUCACUCAUCGAGGGUUCUCAGGAUCACAGCGCCAUGGCACCGCCCCGACCACGGAUCGCAAGCGCUUGUAGCAAUUCAGAAGAUAUCUGGGAGUCGGACGCCAUGUCUACAACCAAGUCAGACAAGAAUGGACUUACUGCUACGACCCCUCGGGAGCCCGUGUCUCGCAUCAAACGUCGUGGAUGA